GGUCAUUUCAGGACACGGGCCGCCUCUCGCCCUAGGAAGAGCCGGAGCCUCCUCGGCGUCUGUCGUUGGUCUCCUCUAGCCGCGUUUGGCAGAAAUGGGAAGUUGAGCUGCAAGCAGAUAAUACCUCUGUGUGAACCUUUUGCAAAUGGCGGGCGACACGGAGAAUCCUGAAGCGGCAGAAAAUGGCGAGCACAAGCUCCAGAGAAAUCAAAAGUGAGAACUCUAACGGUGGUGGUGGAGAGGCAGAUUCAAAGGACAGAAGAUCUGUGAUCCCUGUUUCUGUACUUCACUUUGAACAGAUAUGGUUUCUGUCAUCCUCCUACUGAUUCUUGUCUCUAGUUUACAGGAUCAUGCUAAGCAUGCAAGAGGUGCCAGUGCUUCAGCUUUCUGAUCAAAGUGAUACUGGUGAAAAAAAGGAAUGAGAAUGACUACUUUUUGUUGAUCCCCAGCAGCAUGUCAGGGUACAUACCCAGUUACUUAGACAAGGACGAGCUAUGUGUUGUGUGUGGUGACAAAGCCACUGGGUAUCACUAUCGCUGCAUCACUUGCGAAGGUUGCAAGGGAUUUUUUCGAAGAACUAUUCAGAAAAAUCUUCACCCAACCUACUCUUGUAAAUAUGAAGGAAAAUGUGUGAUAGACAAAGUCACAAGAAACCAGUGUCAGGAAUGUCGCUUCAAGAAAUGCAUCUAUGUUGGCAUGGCAACAGAUUUGGUGUUGGAUGACAGCAAGCGAUUAGCAAAAAGAAAACUGAUAGAGGACAAUCGAGAGAAGAGACGUCGGGAAGAGCUGCAGAAAACAGUUGGGAUAAAACCUGAGCCAACAGAUGAAGAAUGGGAGCUUAUCAAAAUUGUUACUGAAGCACAUGUGGCUACCAAUGCACAAGGAAGCCACUGGAAACAAAAAAGGAAAUUUCUGCCAGAGGAUAUUGGACAAGCACCAAUAGUAAAUGCCCCAGAAGGCGGGAAAGUAGAUUUAGAAGCCUUCAGCCAGUUUACAAAAAUUAUCACACCAGCAAUCACAAGAGUGGUGGAUUUUGCCAAAAAGUUGCCUAUGUUCUGUGAGCUGCCAUGUGAAGACCAGAUCAUCCUUCUGAAAGGCUGCUGCAUGGAAAUCAUGUCCCUCAGAGCCGCAGUUCGCUAUGAUCCUGAGAGUGAGACGCUAACGUUAAAUGGGGAGAUAGCAGUGACCAGGGGUCAGCUGAAAAACGGGGGUCUUGGCGUGGUAUCUGAUGCCAUUUUUGACCUGGGUAUGUCACUUUCAUCAUUCAACCUUGAUGACACAGAAGUCGCUCUUCUUCAGGCUGUUCUGCUGAUGUCUUCAGAUCGCCCAGGUCUCGUCAGUGUUGAGCGGAUCGAAAAAUGCCAAGAGGGUUUCCUCCUGGCAUUUGAACACUACAUUAAUUAUCGAAAGCACCACAUUGCACACUUUUGGCCAAAACUGCUGAUGAAAGUGACAGAUCUACGAAUGAUCGGAGCCUGCCAUGCUAGCCGCUUCCUGCACAUGAAGGUGGAAUGCCCAACAGAACUCUUUCCCCCUUUGUUCUUGGAAGUCUUUGAGGAUUAAACGGGCUGGAGCGGUUCUCAGAAUUCCUAUAGCACUACUGGGUGUCAUUUCAUUCCAUUGCCUAGCUCCUUUUUUUCUAUUGUCCAUUCUCAUUUUUGUUCCACCUUGUUUUUGUUUGGGGAUUUUAUUUUUUUUAAAUAGGUAUGAAUGAAUAUGUCCCUUCAAUGCGGGUACUUGUGACAGUUGCAUUUAUUUUUUGCUUGUUUGUUUUUGUCCUUCAGUCCUUUGAUGUGAAUCCUUAUGAUGUUGAGAAUACACGUGAACAGUUUCAUUUACCACCUCUCAGGCAAAUCACAAGGUCACGCUCAUUGCUGCUUGGAAAGAGGGGGAACUAAGCCAAAAUGGCAGGAAAAUAAAUAGAUAAAUCAAAUGGGGUUUUUUAAUUCCAACCCCCAUUUUAUUUUUUAUUUUACAGUAUUAACUCAGUUUCAAGGAAGUUUUACUUCUUUGGUGAAGAAUUAGGCAUGACUGGGUGAGUCUUAUCAUGCCUGCGACCAAGAGAAAAGAACUUGGCCAUUCCUGACUUUCACUUAACUGUUUCUAGUAUUUUUGGUCACUCUUAAGAAAAUUCAUCCCCUUUGCUUCCAAAGCCUUCCAUAAAGGCCAUGAUUGCAUCAUUACUUUGAGAUAUUUGGGAGGUAUUGUGAGUCAAAAACCCUGCAUAUUUUAAAAACUCUUCUGAAUGAAAACUUGUAAUAAUACAGCACAUGGACCAUUCUUGUUUUUCCCUUUCAUCUGAGGUUUGUAUGUGUAAAGGAGGCAUCCUAAAAUAACACCUGACAUCCUGACUCUGCUUUGCACUAAGUCUUCAAAAACCAGAUUGGCUACAUAGAUCAAAAUAAGGUAAUAUGCCACAAAAUCCCAGUUUUGUGCUUGCUUUUCUCCUAAUUUGUUAGGUUAUUGUGGGUGCAGGAAGUCUGACACGUGUUCAGAACUUCUCCUUGGGAGCAGCAGACACAUUUCUUUGCAUGUAAGAUUUUUCUGCAAGAGGAAGCCAGUGUAAGGCCCGUUCCGCAUGGUCCAUUGAAGCAGCUCACACCGGCAUACAUGAUGCUGGUGGAGCCCAGGACCAUUUGCAUGCUUCCGUUUGCAUGGAGGUGCCUCCUGUUUUUAAAAAAACGACCUUCUGUCCCUGUGGAGCUCUACAGGGACGAGGGGACAUGCGCCUGUGGCCACAGCAACGCCCAUGGACGUGCCUCCUCACCCCUGCAGAGCUGUUCAGGGAGAGAAGGCAGGUGUUUAAAAAACAGGUGGCGCCUAAAAGUGGCACCUCCAACCUGGUGCCAUUCGCAUGGAACCGGGUACAAAACGCUGUUUUCCAAAAACCUUGCUCAUUGAGCAAGUUUAGAAACAGUGUUUUCUCACCGGUUGGGCAGAAAAAGCAUGGCGCUGCCUCGUUUUGAAGGCAGCGGCUGUGAAAACUGCGCCCCAGGAAUGGUGUUUUUACCAUGCCUGGGACGCUGUUUUUGGCUUGUGUGGAAUGGGCCUAAGUGUCAGGUUUUUGAGCGUGAGGAUUGGGAUCAUUUUAAAUGAGUAUUUCCCCUGGGAAACUCAAAUACAUAAAAUAGUUGUGAAGAGCAAACAAACCAGAACAGAGAUGUCAUAAAUGUAGAAUUGGGAUCCAGCUGGCAUUUCAUAGUGGUAGACCAGCAACUGAGGCCUAUGCCAGCAACCACUUGUGCGGGGCUUAUUAUCCAUUAGGAAUUUUUUUGUCAUUAUGGACAAAAUAGUGAAAAUGAAGAGAAACGGCAUCAGAAUGCUUCUGCAUGGGCUAGCUACAUGGAUCAACUCAUCUGAGCUAAACUGAUUUUGAGCCCAUGAAGGAGCACUUAGAUUAUUACUUUACCCCUUUGUGUAUGUUGUCAUUUGAAAAAAGGAGAAACGAAAGGCAUUAAUGGAGAAUAAGCCUGAAUAGUUGUUGUGAUAAGCAACCCCCACCCCCAAACACCUACACUUACAGUGCUGCUUAAUCUAUUUCUCUCAUUUUGGUAUUUGUUGAGGCAUUUGGGGUUUUCAGUGGCCAACAGUUGUUUUAACUUUCCUAAAAUCAGUUUUGUCUGCUGAUGCAUAAAUACAAAACUAAGAUGUUCUACUUCUGUGUUAUAGUGAGCAGGAGAAAUGGCACCAGCAAGCAGCCUGGUUUCAUGUCAAUAUUUUUAGAUGGUGUUCAGUUUCCAUCCAUUCUAGAGCAUAGGAUUACUGAGACAUAAAACCUUUCCCCUAAAUAUGCUCCUAGUUGAGUGUGAUGCAUCAAGAGCCCUCCUGUUUUUCUUUGGACUCGGCUAACUCAUUCCCAAAGUCUGUGUUAUAAUUUCUUCGAUUCUAUGUUCUGUAGAUUUCACAUAUCAAUUAUUAACAAAGGUGAAGGACUAGAAAUAUGCCUAUUAUCUAUCCAUGAUCACUUUUAUGAUGUCUGUAGUUCUGGGCUAGUAUCCCAAAAACUAUAUCACUAGUUCCAGGUAGAUAUGGGCAUGAAUGGGCAGGCUUGUGAACAUCUCUGUCCAUGUGACUGGGAAACUUCAAUAGAGAUGAGCUCCACAGCCUUUGCGUGCUAAUGCUUGGAAGUCUAUUGUUCCAGGAGAAAAAAAUCCACAGAAUUCAUGCAAGUCCUGAUCCAGGGUCCAGAUCAAUAGCUGAAGCUCUAAAUCUAGAGUCCCGCAAUCUUCAGUGGAUUUCUUUUCUACUCAGGUGUAUUUUAACUGUGGACAAAAUAAGAACAGCAAUGUUCUGUUUACCCAUGCUUCAUUCUCUUAGCAAAAAAAGUAUUUUGAAUGCUAAUGCACCAAAUUCUCAUGCAGUGCACUUCCUAGGUGCCCGUAGCAGUGACUAUAAUUUGCUCCUAAGUUUGGUCAUUUGAUUAAAUUCAUGACCAUCAUUUAAGACUGAGUUGGGUGCUCUGUGCCCCAUUCUGUGUUGAAUUGGCAGCCAUGUCACUAAAUGCCAUGAUAGUGCAAUGCAUUCUCUUUUUUUGCAGUACAGUUCAGUGGGGAAAAAUAAUUCUAAAAAUCUGUCAAAGGAAAUUAUAUGGUAGGUUGACUCCUCCUACAGGAAAACAUGGAAAUCCUUUGUCACGUGAGUUUGCCCUACAAUGUCAAUAGUGAGGUUAGCUUGUAUGAGAAAAAUAGUGAGGUUAGCUUGUAUGAGAAAAAUUUAAUGACCAUAAAGACUUUUGGGUAGAUUGGUCCAAGAGAAGGGGAAGGGCAGUACAAUGCUCGUAAGUUAGAUUUGGCUUACCAUGUUUUUGCUUGAGUGAACUCAAGUGCAUGAACACAGUACCAUGAGGGGCUACAUAAACUCAAUGUGGGGGAGAGAGAAGUUCCUUGGUGGGCCUCAUACUGGCUUUCCUGCCCCACCUCCCCCGAGAUAAUUUUUUUCUGAGAGAGGAAAAUGAUAGACUUUUGUGAUACCUUUUGUUUCUGUCUUCUGAUGACUUAGGCAUAUGCAGAGCUGAUGCUGAAUAAUUACACAUUGGCGCACCAAAUUGUAAGCCAUUUAAAGAUCAUCACCCAUAAAUACUUACCAGAUAAACUCAGGGAAUCUUUAAAAGAUGAACAAAUUUAAAUUAAACUAACAAUCUACCUAAGCAAAUAUAUCUUAUCAAACACCUGCAGCUCUUAAUAGGAGCUACCCCUUGACUGGAGUUUAAAAAUGCUGGAUUAACUUCUCCUGUGCACACCCAAUUAAAAUGAAAAUGGAUUGCAAGACAGCAGAACUCAAGUGCAUCAAGAGCAUCUUGUAUUGCUCAUGCCACAUGGCAGCGGCACUGUCCACAGUGCAGUCCCUGCAAUCCAUGGUGUCUCAUUGUUUGGUGAAUCUCUUUCUCGGGGGUUUGCUUGAAUACUGUAGCUUAGUUAAGAGGAGCAUGCUGGUCCAGGAAAAUAUCUUGGCCUGUUCCUCUUCUUGGCCAUCACCCACUCAUUCCAACUUUGCUACAGAAUAAUUCUAAUCUAAUAUGCAGAUUUUGUGCUCAUGUUUCCAUUUGCCACAGUUACCUUGCUACUUCCUUUAAGGGGAAAUCUAACUCUGGUUAGUUUGCAACAUCAGGAAUACAAUUACUUCAAAGCCUUGGAGCUACUUUGCAGCCCUUCACAAUCUUAUUUCAAGGCCUUGUGCAACUUUGUCAUCUCCCUAUCCUUUCCCCAAUGCCAUACUUGAAAUCUCAGGGGUCAUGAAAGAAAAAUAUAUAUUUAUUUCUGAAAUAACAUAAAAGGACCAUAUCAUGCAAAGGGCUGGCAGCCCAGGAUACCCACUUCCUGAAGGGGAACUGCCACAUCUCACCCCAUUCCUGUGCAAUCGGCCUGUUCCUAUUUUUAUCUUAUACUGGCACACUGAACAUGCGGUGCAAAUGUCUGCAUUCAACAUUAUUUUGCAAAUUAAAAUAAUCCUGUCCUGAUUUCAAGGAAAAUGUGUGUUUGAAAAACGUAUGCAUUGGAAAUGCGUGGGAUGUUAAGAGGAGGAACCUGAUGCAUAGUUAAAUAUGACUAGAACAUUGGUCUAGAUCAGUGGUGGCGAACCUAUGGCACGGGUGCCAGAGGUGGCACUCAGAGCCAUCUUUGUGGGCACACAAGCUGUUGCCCCAGUUUGGGCACUCAGCAGUGGCAUAGCGCCAA